CCUUGAAAUUGUUAACAUCGUUUCUGCAUCAGUUACCUCACUGUGUACAUAAAUUAAAACAUUUUUUAUCGUUUGUUUAACCAGUCUCCCUAAAAUGGAUUAACCAAAAUGGAUGACUCAAAAGAAAAAGAUUCUAAUGAAAAAAUAGUUGCAAACAAAAACAAUAAUUGUAGCAACUCCAACAACACUGAAAAAGAUAAAAUAAAAAAUUAUCAUUUUUUAUACAAACAACAAAGUAUUAUUGAAGACAUUCAAGAAACGCACGUUUUAAGGGCAAUUGAAAAGAAACUUGGAACUAACCAUUUCUGCUUAUUAACUUACAAAUUGGAACCAAUAAUUGAACGAAUAGGAUUAUUAGGUGAUUACAGUUUCCUUAAUGUUGCUUAUUUAAACGCUCAAGGUACAAAAGAGCAUUUAACAUUUUUCGUAAAACAUUUUCCGAAAAUUGAAGCACUCGCUGAGUUUGCACAAAAAAUAGGAGCAUUUAAAAAAGAAGUGUUCGUAUAUAAACUAUUUAAAGAAUUUACCAAAGAAGAAGUGUCCCUAAUCAAUAAUGUCAUUCCACAGUGCUAUGCGACUUCAUAUAACGAGUAUUUAAUAUUAGAUAAUCUUUUCAAUGAGGGUUAUAAAUCUAGUGACAAGCACACAACUUUGGAUUAUGAUACUGUCUUGAUUGUUUUACAAUCUAUAGCGCAACUGCAUGCUAGCAGUAUUAUUUUUGAAAAUAAAGCAAAUAAGAAACUACAAGAUUUAUAUUCUAAUGAUUUAGAAGAAUCCUUUUUCAGUAAAGCAAACCAGCAAGGAGUUGAGGCCUCUGUAAAAUGCAUAAUAGAUGAAAUCGAACUUUUUGAUCAGCCAAAAACAUUAAAAUCUGGUAGAAACUUUGUAGAUGUGGCAGAAGAAGUAUGCUAUAAAAUUUACGAUUUAGUGAAACCAUCCGAAAAAUAUAAAAAUGUGUUAAGCCAUGGAGACAUUUGGGCUACUAAUAUUUUAUUAAAGCAUGAUACAAAAACUAAAAAACCGAUUGCUUGCAAAUUAGUUGAUUUUCAGUGUGGACGAUACGUACCUCCGGCUCAAGAUGUUCUAUCAUUUUUAUAUCUAACAACAUCGAAAGAGUUCAGGAAAAAAUACAUGUAUGAAGUAUUAGGCAUGUACUAUAGUUACCUUGAAAAAAAUGUAAAGCAUUUCGGCUUUGAUAUCAACCACAUUUUACCAUUUGACAAUUUUAUGCAAAGCUGUGAAGAACUAAAAGUAUUUGCAAUCGUUUUGGCAGCAAUAUAUUUUCCUUUAAUUUUGAUAAAUAACAAUGAAAUAGAAGAAUAUUUUUCGAAUAAGGAACUUAAUGAAAAAGCUUUAUUUGAUAACAGGAUUCAUUUAGUUAAAGCGCAUAAAGAUAAGGAUGCUUUUUACGAACACCGGAUACAAGAAUCUUUAGACGAUCUGAAGGCCUUUUGUGAAAAUUAUAAAAGCUGAAUACAUUUCCGAUUUAUUUAUAAUUAUUUUUAAAAAUAAAUAUAUUUUUGAU